AUGGGAAUCAUGCUCAGGCCCACCGCUCUGCACAGCGCUUUGCAAGCUCUGCUGGAGGAUGGCCUGUCGGAUGAUGUCGCUAGGUGCGAGACAGCCUUGUUGGCUCUUCCAGAUUCAGGCUUGCUCUACGCAGCAGCCCAUCGACCAAAAUCGUCAUCAGCCGACACGUUCCCUGCAACAGCCGAAGCUUCCACUUCGGCUCACCCAUCAGCAGCAAAUGCAGCUUCGAUAGGAUCCGCUCUGAUGGGUGCUGGCGCCACUUCCGCUACUGCUGCGUUCUUAUCACCAAGACAUCCUCAUCUAAGCACCGACGAGAGAGCGAGGGCAUUAGCGGCUGUUGCGACGCAAGCUUGGAGGGAGGAACAGCCUCAUCAGGCAUCAUCAGGUGCAUUUGCCAAUAGAAGCAACAACAACGCUGUGGUACCGAAUGGGGAUCGAGGAAGGAGCAGAAGCACAACGCUUCAGGGAGCCUCUCUCAGCGAUGCUCUCCCCACAAGCCCGGCCGGCGAAGAUGACCUGACUAGCGCAACCAGCAUUUUGUUUCACUCCGAGGUGAGUCCCAGUGUACCAAAGAUCUUCAGCUGCGAGAAUGAUGCACGCUGGAUACAGGAAUACCGCUCCUACACGAUUGUUGAAUGGGAAGUCGGGCGCGCGUUGAGAAGUACUUGGGAACUCACGGAGGUCCAUGGGUCCUGCCUCGCGGUAGCCGAUCAUUCCCGUUCAAUGAGCUCAACGAAGUCGGCACGGAUGCGUCUCCGCGGCUCCGCCCAUGUAGUGCUGAUCUCAAGCUUCACCUUGUUCCGCCGCAGCUCGGAGCAACGCUCGUCAUGCCAUUGCGCUCCACUUCCAGGACCACAACGAGGAUCGAAAGUGAUCCUCGACGUGCGCAGCAAGAAUCCCAACCGGUCAUGUUACUGGUGCUCAACUCCGCUAGCUACGAAUGGCACGAAGCUCCAUCGGACAGUCUCGACCCUCAACUCGAGGCGCAAAGCGAAGCAGGAAGGAGUGAGAACGACGAUGCAUUGAAUCCGACCCCCACCAACGGCAUGAUUAGCUUUGCGCUGGACGAAGAAGAAAAGCCUCGAGACAUCUGGAAGACGAUGCUCGAGCUCGCACAAGCGUUUGAAGUGCAUGUUUCUCCCUCGCUAGCGCAGACUUUUGCUCCUGCGCACCAACAAUCCCCUGCUGCCAAAUUAGCUUGA